CCCAAGACCUUUUUACUUAGUACAGAAUUAUACUUUCAAAUUGUCUAUUACUUUUGUCUUAGAUUGAUCUUUUUUUUUGUUUCCUUUUGAGAAAUUUCUUUGAAUGUCUAUUGACCUCCAACACCACCAUAUUCUCGCUGCACGAGGAAACUCUGCGGCGGAGGCUAGAAUGACUUUAUUCACCUUCGAUUUCUUUCUGUACAUCUGAGGUUUCUGGAAACUCUGGUUGUACUCUACCAAAUUCAACUCGCCUGGAUAUAUAACAAUUAUCUCAUCACAUCUAGCAUCUAAUACUUGGGAAUUAAUCUAUCAGCUGACAACAAUAUCGAAGAAGAGGUAAAAGAACAAAUAAUUAAAGCCAGUAGAACGGGCGAUGCCUUAACGGCACAAUUUGGAAAAACAAAAACGUAAGAGUGCAAACAAAGGCCCAAAUAUAUAAGUCAGUUAUUAGGCCAGUUAUGACUUAUAAGGCCGAAACAAGACCAGAUACAAGCAAAACACAUAAACAUCUGGAGACCAACCAAAUGAAGAUCUUAAGAAGGAUUGCUGGAAAAGGACUACAGGACAGGGUAAGAAGUGGGGAAAUCAGACGCAUAUGUGGGGUGGACAAUAUAAAUACCUGGGUAAAGAAGAGUGGAUUAAACAUAUAAGCAGGAUGUUUGAAUCAAGGAUAGUAAAGGACAAGUCACCGUUAGGCAGAAGAAGUAUAUGACGCCCAAGGAAAAGCUGUAAUGACAAUUUAGGGACAGAAUGAAAUGCACUGUUGAAGAAAAACAGGCAGUACUGCAUAUAUAAAAGAAAGAAGACAUCAGAUCUAGCAUCUAGCCACCUUAACCUGUUUCUUAUUUUGUUUCCAAUAGGAUCCACACCCAAUUUUCUCGUAUAUACUGAUUCCUAACAUUAUCUUUUCUAGUUAUUCGCUAGUUCUAGUUAUUAAUAACUACGGAUUCAAUACGGAACUUAACCUGACCCUAAUGAAGCUCUGCUUUCACAAAAAAUUUUCCAGUUUCAGCUGCAUUCGCUCUCUAAUUGUUACCUUCUGAUACAUCUCUUAUACCACUCUCACAUAUUCAGCCGGCACUCCUUUCCUACUUAGUACCAUUAGGUUUCUGGUAACUUUGCUAUAUGCCUUCUCAAGAUUAAUAAACACUAUGUGCAAGUCUUUCUCUUCCACUCAUAAGUUUUUCCCUCAGCUGUCAUAAAAUAAAAAUUGAUGUUGUGGACCUGCCUUGCAUAAAUUCAAAAUUACCUUUAUUUCUAGAACCGUACACUAAAUUUAUACUAUUGCAAAUUAAAUUAAACAAUAAAUAGCUAUGUUUAAAUUAUUUUUAUGCUUUAUUAAAAAUCUGGGAAUAAAUAAUUUUAAUAGAUAGGUAUGAAUAUGGAAUCACAUAAAUGUUUGAAAUGAAUGAAAAUGAUAAUCACAUAAAUAUUUAAAAAGAACUUUCUCUCAUGGUCCUACCCCUACGAUCGUUUACCUGCUACGAUUUCUCGGUACUGAGAAGAGAAUUAUUUGUUCACGAUCUAGUGGGGCGUCCCAGUACGAACCACACAAGAAAAUCCACCUUUGCGUGGAGCCAUCACAAUGAGAGUUUAUUUUAACAAUAGAUAUGUUUAAUAGUAUUAUCCUUUUUUUCUACAAUUAGAAAAGAUUAAACAACACAAUAAUUUUACAACAAACAGCUGUUAGGGGUUAGGUUGAGAAAUAAGAAAUAAUACAUGAAACAUGGCGGAUCGUACAUGCGCAAAGAAAUUUGGAUCGUGAAAUAGUCGAUGCUUUCGCUUCUUGUUGGAUGGAGUAUUCUUUGGUUCUACAGAGUAUUCGCCGUUAACGGUCAGUCGUCCUCGUGUUGUUUAGGUACGUGCACGCAUCCCGAGAGUUUUUUUACACGUGUUGUUUGUUUUCGAAAUAGGUAAGUUUUUCAUACUAAAUAUUUUAGGGAAUUAUAAAAUAUUCCAGAUGUGAUAUUUUUAAAAUGUUGUUUUAAUUGACCAAGGAGACCUUCUAUUAUCAUCUGCUGUGAUUGUCUGUUUUGUUUUGCACGAUAUUUUGCAAUAUUAACGACCGUUAUUUAUAAUGUAUUAUGGGCCUCCUUGAGACAAAUGUUUUGGGCCACCAUGGGACGUGUCUCAAGGUGGCCCACAAUGUUGAAACCUAAUCUGCAAUUAUUUUUUUUUUGUUACAGAUGUCUCGCGGUCGAAAGAGAAAAUCUAACAAAGGAUUGUUUAGCGCAGAGACUAUGAAAAGUGCUGUAGCUGAUGUAUUAAAACAUAACUUUAGCCUCAGAAUAGCAGCUGAGAGAAAUGGCAUUAAACAUCAAACAUUAGCGCGAUACGUAAAAAAAGCUAAAGAAGCUCCCAAUGACGUAUUAUUGUAUAAGCCCCACUACGAGAUAAUCGAAGGGUAUUAAAUGAUGAACAAGAAUUAUUGCUUAAAAAUUACAUAAUACAAUGCAGCAAAAUGUGUUACGGAAAGUCUACAAAAGACGUGAGGCAACUGGCUUACGAUCUCUGUCUGCAUAAAAAAAUUCAUAUGCCUCAGAAAUGGGAAGAAAUGAAGUCUGCUGGACUUGACUGACUUCAUGGUUUCAAAAAGAGACAUCCCGAACUCAGUAUCCGCCAACCGGAAGGUUGCAGUUUAUCCAGGGCUACAUCAUUUAAUCGUUCUAAUGUGGAUGCAUUUUUUCGAAAUUUAAAGGAAGUUUUAAAGCGUUUUGAUGGAUUUUCUGAAGGCACACGCAUUUUCAAUUUAGAUAAAACUUCGACCACAACUGUACAAAAGUCGUCAAAGAUUCUUGCACCUAAGGGAGUAAAGCAAAUAAAUAAAAUUACAAGCGGCGAACGAGGUAUAUUGGUUACAACGUGCUGCAUUAUAAGUUCAACAGGAACUGCUCUACCUCCUGUCAUGAUCUUCCCAAGAGUAAAUUUUAAGCAUCAUAUGUUAAACGGAGCACCGGCUGCUACAUUAGGACUUGUAAAUCCCUCAGGAUGGAUGAACUCUGAAUUAUUUGCAGAUGUUAUGCGUCAUUUUAUACAACACUCCAACAGUUCCAAAACAGAUCCAACAUUACUGAUCUUGGAUAAUCAUGAAAGCCACUUCUCCAUUGAGACACUAAAUUUAGCAAAAGACAACGGAGUUACCAUGCUCACUUUACCGCCACAUUGUUCCAACAAAUUGCAGCCAUUGGAUGUGGCUGUUCAUGCUCCAUUUAAAACAUACUAUAACAGUGCUAUGGACUCAUGGAUGAUGAGGAAUCCUGGAAGGCCAAUAACAAUUUUUCAAAUCGCGGAAUGUGUCACUAUGACACCCAGUAACAGAAAGGCAGGUUUCAAAAAAUGCGGAAUAGUACCUUUUAAUCAACACACCUUCGAUGAGAGUGACUUUUUGAUUAGUAACGUAACUGAUAGGAAUGAAAUAUCAGAGGAGGGUGAUACAAAUGGUAAAGAAUGCCAGCCAACCUGCAGCAAAAAUUUUACAAAUAAAGAACCUGGUUUUCAUGGCAAUGAAGAAACUGACGAGAAAAGUCAACUUUUCAGAAGUCAAGAACAGUUAUUUGGUUAUCCCAAAGCAGGACCCCGAAAAAUCUUAAAAUGAGAAGAAAAGGCCGAAGCAAAAUUGUAACUGAUACCCCCGAGAAGUUAGAAAUCGAGGAAAAAUAUCACGAGAAAAAAAGAAUGUGUGUGUACUUUGUACGUACGUAAGAAGUUAUACUUCUAUUAUAUGAUUUCUUAAAAAUAAAUAUACUUUAAACAGUU